UUCAAACUAGUAGUAGUUUUUUCCUUGAUUAGGACGGUGCUAACUAUUGUACAAUUAGCACCGUAACCGUUCCUAUUAUAUUACAAUCUAACCGAAAAUCAUAAAUGGACAACAAACACGGAAACACCUAAUUAAUGAGACGGGAUGGUGGAAGCGAGAGGCAUACUAGCGAUGUUUGAGGGAAAGAAAUUCGUCUUUGUCAAGUUAAUUGAGUAGGGUCUUGUGUUGUGUUCGGUUUACUCAUAUAUUUCCUUGAAUAUUAUAGAAAAAGUCUGCACCAGUUUGACUUGGCACUAACACUUUUUUUAGGGUUAAAGACGCAUUUGGUCACUGAGAUUACAAAAUCGGGACAUGUUUAGUCACUAGAAAAAGUUAAUAUCAAAUUUGGUCACUAAAAUUACUAAAACUGGACGCAUUUAGUCACUCGUCGUUAGUCUCCGUCCAACUCCGUUAAUGAAGUCCGUUAAGUGCUGAUGUGGCAAACAGAAUUGCCUAAUCAGCCGGAUAUAACCCAACAAAAAUAAAACCCGACCCGCCACGUCAUUAUAACCCGCCACGUCAAUAAAACCAACCCAUGACCCAACCCUUCUUCCUCCUUCCUCCCACCUCGGCACCUCCCACCUCCUUCUUUCCCCAAAACCGCCGUCGCCGCUCUCCUCCUUCCUCCCACCUCCUCCCGCAAACCUGUUCGACCAAAUUUAUUCUAUCUAGUGGACAAAUUAAUCCCCUGGAGGCUGGAGCAAAAUCCCCCCACUGCGCAUUCCCUCCCUACGACGAAUCCUUCUUCCACAAACCCAUCGGGCGCUGCAGUGACGGCCGCACCAUCGUCGACUUCCUUGCUCAAUAUCUCCACCUUCCUCUCCUCCCGGCUUAUUGAGGAGAUCCUAUGCCCACCGCCAACAACCCCUACUCCCACAGCGCCAACCUCGUCGUCGUCCCCGCCACCGCCUUCGAUUCCAACGAAACAGGAGGAGCCUCCGGUUGUCGAAACUGCUCCCUCUCCGUCCAAAUCAACUGGUUCAAAACCCUAAUCGACUCGCUCCACCCAACCCUACCCAAACGCAGAGCAUACAUGAAAAAAUCCCUAACUCUCCUCGGCGAAAUCGGAGACUUUGAUAGAGCCACUAACGGAAGCAGCAGUAGCAACAAUAUCAUCCGACUGAAGCAUUCAUACUAGUUCGAAUUCGAGCGGUCGGAGAGGAUGCUGGUGACGGAGCCGGCGACGUUAUCGCCGUGGAGAUCUGGAGCAAGCGGUCGUCUCCGUUUGGAUUGUAUCUGUCGAGUUCCAAGCCCAGAUUGUUAUCGUCAUUCAGGUACUACAACAGAUCAGGAAUCAAAUCGGCAAAUCGCCUUCAUAAGACGGAUAUCUGGAGGUGAGGGCGGUUUCUUCCCUCUUUCGGAGCGAUUCUCAGCGCACCACCACGGCGGCGGCGGUUCUUCGAGAUGGAGCAAAUUCAUGACGAGUCCCAUGUUCUUGAGACCAUCGUCGUUGUUCUCGUCGAGCCGGCUGAGGUGUGGGGUUCCAGAAACGCUAAUUUCUCCGGACAAGAAGCAACAGUAAGAGUCCGGUGACAGGUUGGGUCACGGCGGCGGUGGUUUUGGGGAAAGAAGGAGGGAGGUGCCGAGGUGGGAGAAAGGAGGAAGAAGGGGUUGGGUGGGGUUGGGUCAUGAGUUGGUUUCAUGAGGUGGCGGGUUAUAAUGACGUGGCGGGUCGGGUUUUAUUUUUGUUGGGUUAUAUCCGGCUGAUUAGGCAAUUCUGUUUGCCACAUCAGCACUUAACGGACUUCAUUAACGGAGUUGGACGGAGACUAACGGCGAGUGACUAAAUGUGUCCAGUUUUAGUAAUUGUAGUGACCAAAUUUGAUAUUAACUUUUUCUAGUGACUAAACAUGUCCCGAUUUUGUAAUCUCAGUGACUAAAUUUGUCUUUAACCCCUUUUUUUAGGAUGGAAAGUGAGGAGAAAGGAUCCUUGAACCAAAAUGUUGUCCCUUGUUUUUUAAGCUUUAAACCGAAGAAAGAAAUUAUAGGGAAAGUGUACUGUAGGAGGCUACCUCCAUUUCGGAGAGAAAGCUGGGUGGGAAUUGGGGUUUCAUUUUUUCAUAUCUUUUUUUUCCCCCUCAAAAUGUCCUUUUGUUUACCUUCCUAAAUUCAGUGGCGUGGCGUGGCUUCUCCACAAUUCUUUCAAGCGGCACUUCUUUUUUGGUAAGUGGUUUAUGAUGGGUUUGUAAGAUUAAGAAUAUGAAUAUGUUAAUUAGUGAGAUAAUUAGUUAGCCAAUGAGUUUAAUUAGUGAGAUAAACGAGUUAAUAUGUUUUUGAGAAGUAUAGUUAGUAAAUAUUGCUUUUAAUACACGUAUAUGUAUCAGUACAUAUUUUAUCCGUUUAAAACUUUCAUAUCCGUAUUAUUGUCAAACAAUUUCAUUUUUUUCUCAUUUAUUUGAUGGCUCCCGUACGUAUUUUAUCCGUUUAAAAUUUCCAUAAUUAAUUUUAUAUAUUUAUGACUAUUACCGUAAUAUUUAACGUAACAUUAGGUUAAAGAUGAAGUAAAAUACCCGUAUGUAAUUUUAUGGGAGUAAAAAUUAAUGAGAUGCUAAAUCGAGAAAAUUUAUAAUGAACAAAAUUAGAAAUAAAUAAUAAAAUUUGAUUCACUAUUAUAAUUAAUGAAAAUAAUAUCAAUAAGUAAUUAAAUUAUUUACAAUUACAUAACUAUUAAAAUAACAUAAUUAUCACACUUCCCAACAUAUUUUUUCUCUCCUACUUUCCUUUUCACUUUCUUAUCUAAAACAACAUUUUCCUUCUACUCUAAACUUUCUCUCCCUUCCUUUUCCCUCCCUCCAAAUGUUCCUUCCCCUUCAUUUUUCUCUCUUCCUUCGGAAACAGAAUAUAAGACUCCACUGAUCAUUAACUCUAUCAGCAUCAUCAUGCAUGGAACUAAUUAAUUCCAAAUCUCAGU